AUGCUCGUCGCGCUCCAGCGCGCGCUCGACCGGCUCUGCCACGCGAAAGACGGGCAGGCCGCGCGCGCGGAGCGUGGCGCCAUCGAGCGCGACGACGACCGCGACGCCUUCGUCGACGCGUCGAGCGUCGGCGGCCGCGCCUACGCCGACGCCUGGGCCGCGCGCAAGGAACUCGACGGCGCCGCGGAGCUCGACCGCUGGCGCGCGAACGACGGCACCGGCGGCUGCGGCGUCUUCGACGAGGCGGCGUUGGGCUUCUACCCGUUCGGCAUGGCGGAGACGGUGCCCUACCGCGCGCGGCGCACGCUCGGGCGCACGGCCCUCGGCGGGCGCAUGCACGGCGCGAUGGUCGGCACGGCCGACGACCGGGGAGCGAAGCUCGUGCGCGAGCCGCGAAAGCGGCACGCGGACGCGCUCGAAAUGGAGCUCGAGCGCGUCCGCGAGGAGGAGGCGGCCGUGUUCAAGGCGCGCGUCCGCGCCCAGGACGUCGACCACGUCGACGUGGCGGACAGCACAUCGCCGAUCCUCGGCGUGCGGGGCCUCGACGACGAUGCGCCGGAGCCGGAGCCGGAGCCGGAGCCCGAGGACGUCGUGCGCUCGGAGCGCGUGCUGCUGCCGGCGGUCAUGCCCAUGAGCUCCCGGGACUUGAAGGACCCGCACCUCCGCAUGCAGGCAAUCAGCAGCCGGGACCUGCUCGCCCAGGCGACACCGCAAACGCCGGCGGCGUCCCCGGCCUUCGUGAACAUCCCCACAUCGCCGCUCAAGAAGAAACCCAUGUUUCGACGGUCGCGGACGGACGGCACCGAUGAGAAGCUGGCCGAGAUGUACGUCGAAGACAUCAACGCAAGCGACACGCAAGAGGACGACGAGUGCUCCAAAGAGGAGCUCGAGGAGCUCGAGGAGGGGCUCGUCUGCCACAAGAUGGUGCGCUGGGAGGGGGAGUGGCGGCCCGCGGUGCGGGUCCUUUGGGAGGGCGCGGGGCGGCCGAAGUUGUGCGUCGUGGGCGCGUCGUGGGCGCCGUGCGCCGACGGCGACUGGAAAGUCUACUGGUCGGAGAACUACGGACGAACAUCUACGUGGUGCUUCAUGGACGACGUCGACGUCGCCGACGACCGAAAGGCCAUGGCCGCGCACGCGGUCGAGGCCGUGUCGCGCGCGGCCGCGGCGCUCGAGCUCAAGGCGCGCAAGGCCGACGCGGCGCGCAAGGCCGACUUCGACUCGUUGCGCGACGCCGACGCGGACGGCGCGGCCUCGGACGAGGAGUCGUCGGACGACGAGCCGAUCAUGCAAAAAAAGGCGGCCGCGGGCGGCGCGGACUCGAGCGGCUCGGACGAGGAGUCGGACGAGGAGCUGGACGGCUCGGGCAGCAGCUCGGACGAGUCGGACGAGGAGGCCAAGCCGAUCCCGAAACAGCAGCGGCCCCUCGCGACGAGCGGGUCCGCGGCGAACCGGGGCCGGGCGGCGGAGUCCGGCCGCGGCCGCGGCGCGAGCUUGGCGUCGCCCAAGCCCGUCGUCGACGGCGCGGCGUGCAAUCUCGCGUCGCACCGCAAGUCCGCGCCGGCCGCGCCGAAGGUGGCGUCCCAGGCGUGGACGCUCCAGCCGGCGGCGGAGGCGGCGGCGGCGCGCAAGGCGGCGGAGGCGGCGGCGGCGCGCCAGGCGGCGGCGGCGCGCAAGGCGGCGGCGCCGCAACCGGCGCCCGCGCCCGCGCCCGCGAUUCAGACGCGGCCCCAGUCCGUCUCGUCCAAGAGCGACGACGCGCGGUCUUUGUCGCUGGCGGCCAAGUCCGCGGGCUCGAAGCGGCCCGCGUCCGACAAGCGGCCCCAGUCCGUCUCGUCCAAGAGCGACGACGCGCGGCCCUCGUCGCUGGCGGCCAAGUCCGCGCGCCAGAAGCGGUCCGCGCCCUCGGACGACGACGCGUCGUCCUCGGACUCGGACGACGACUACGAUCCCAACGGCGGCAACGACCUCUCCGACGGCGAGGAGAUUGUGGAGCUUGUGCCCUCGCAGCGGGGGGCGGACGGCGCGGGCUCCCGGUCGCAGAUCGACGCUGCGCCGCUGUCGUUGGCGAGCCAGGCGUCGCAGUCGCUGUCGGGCGCGAUGAUGUCGCAGGCGCGGUCGCAGAACGACAUCCUUUUGAGCGGUUUGGAGGCGGACGAGGAAGCGGCGUACCUCGUGCCCCGCCUGGACAAGAUGUGCGAGGAGAUGAACACACUUUCGGGCGCGGCGGACGUUUGA